AUGGAGGACCCUCUUAUCCAAGCAUUGCCCCCGGCUACGGACUACCUGACAUAUCUUACUCUGUUAGAGUAUCAGUUGACCCCAGAACGUCUGCCGCUUUUGCACACUCUCCUGCAAGAUGAGAAGCUUACGACGAACAUCGGCUGGGACCUGGUUAAGCUACUCCUGCCCAUGCUACCAGCGUCCACAGAAUGUCUACAGGAUGUAGCUCGACUAGGCAAUCCCCGAGAAGUGAUCUUGCGCGUCUCCGAGUCUCUGAUGCAACUCCACCCGGAGGAGGAUGAGGAUGAGGACGAGAAGGCUGGUCAGGGGCUACCCCUGCACAUUCUACAGUUUAAUUGCCUUCUCGGCAUGCUCUCGGUGCUUCACAACCGGAUCCAAACAAAAGCCCCAAGCCGUUUCGUAGCAACCUCGCUUCAAGCGGCACUGGAAGCAUAUACCUCAAUGGCGACCAACGAGACCACCCUAGCCUUCCUUGAGUUCUUCCGCGAAAUGUCUCCCUCUAAGCGGCCCGCGCCACCUCCAAGAGCUGCUAGCGAGUCGAGCAUACUGAGGGUUGCCGCUGCCUCAGCUCCCGACCCCGAAGCUGAGGUGUCCUCGCCUUCUCCGUCUGCCGAUAACGAGACCCACCUUGUUCGGAAAUUUAUACAGUUCGGUUUGCUUGAACUGGUGAAGUCAUAUCUCUUGAGCUUCUCCAGUCCUAUGGAUCCGGGAAUGUCGUGGACUAUUCGAAUGCAGGAACACCUGCAUCCGGAUUUGCGUCUACCUGCCGCCCAAUCCCAGACUGAGGCAUAUGGGUCGACCAAGGAGCUCAAGGAGCGCGAUAUGAUCAUGGGAAAGAUUAUGGCUUUAUCACGAGACGUUGGAAUCGAUAACGAGGAACUCCUGUCAAUCAUAUCUAGAACCCCGACAGAUCAAACCGCUCAGCUUGACUUUGAUGAGCCACCAACAAACCCCGAUCAGAUUCCACUAGAACGCCAUGGCUCGCUCCUACUACUAGCGGCUCGGGCUGCAGGAGCAACCCUCUUUGCCUCUGGACAGCCGCUCCGUCGGCUAUCUGUCUUCCCCGAGCUGGCUCAGAUAUUUGACAACUUCGUCGGCGGCCACACCAAUCUCGACGAAGUGGCAUUUGGUCAACCCCAUGCGCUUCUCGACUCCCUGUUGGCUUUGACCGUCUACUCUCUGCAACAGCCCAUCAAACCCCCAUCAAGCGAUACCGAGUUCAAGGAUUUCGUUGUCGUUUUGACUGCAUGUACAGCACGCCAGAGCCACGGCAUCGUUCGCCAGAUUCCGGCCGCCGUUGUCCAGAACCAUCCAUCGCCUGAGACGCGAUUCAAGCUCAUACACAAGAUCUUGGAAGAUGAGCAUCUUGCCUCGGCGCGAGAUAGCGCCAUCGCAUGGUUGAAGGAUGAAUUACUCCGCCCCACUAAAUCUGCCGACAAUAUAUUCCAAGAUCCGCUUUACUUUUGGGCUUUAUUCCCAGCUCUUUUCAAGCCGGUCACUGCCGCCAGCUCAGCAUCCGAUCUCGUUGCUAGCUGGUCUCGUUUGACUCAGACUCAAGGUCCACAGCUUCAUUCCGCAUUGAAUCUGUACUACUUGCUGCUUUCCUCGCCAUCGCUACGCGACCAGCUUCAUCUCGAAAAGACCGUCAAUUUCUUCCGCGCCAAUGUCCUAAACCCUCUCCGACAAGUAUUCCGGAGCUUUGAGGACGAUCUUACUGCCAAGGGAGGUGAUGGUAUCAUCGAGGCUGCGGUUGGAGAGGAAAUGUGCCAGAUUGGCAAUGCACGGUCAGUGGGACUCAUUGGUCUUACACUAGAUCAAAUUGAAGAGACAGUCAAUGAUGCAUUUGGUUCCGAUGAAGGGGAUCUGGGUGAAUAUUCCGAGGCUGAAGAGGCCAAGGCGUCUGAGAUUCGAAAGAAGAUUGAUAUCUGGAAAUGA